AUGCUGCUGGCAGAGGGCGUGUCCGGCCCGGAGAAGGGUGGGGCCUCGGCGGCGGCUGCAGCUGCAGCGGCGGCAGCUGCAGGCGGGUCCCCUAACGACGGCAAUAUAGAACACUCAGACUACAGGGCCAAGCUGACUCAGAUCAGAGGGAUAUACCACUCAGAACUGGAGAAAUAUGAACAGGUAGGAGGGAACACACACUAUCCAAAAACAGCUGAGAGGAGGAGGGAGGGGUGUAUAAGAACAGUGGCCUUGUCCUAAAUCUGUCUUGCCUACUACUAACUAAAACUACAUACUGUGUACUACUAAUACUACAUACCGUUUAGAACGUACUGUUUAGUAAAAACGAAUGUAGUAAGCAGCAAAUAUCAACAUACUACUCAUCCAUACCGAGAAGGUGUCAUCUAAUGUGCAAUCGUGCUUGUUCCUCGCCAUUCGUUGCAUCCCCUAUUCUGAUAAUCAGCUGUUGUCAAACAGCUGAAAAGACGAUUCUCUUCCUCAAUAGUGUGCAGUGAAUUCUACUAGAUGAAAAGCCUAAAUUAGUAUGACAUCCUGGCAUUUAAAGCAUACUACAUUUUAGAGAUUUCACAGACUACUAUUUAGAACGCAAGUAUGGGUAUUCGGACACAACCAGUACCUCCCCUUAAGAAAAAAACCCUGUAAUCUCCUCCCUCCUCUCCUCUCCUCUCCUCUCCUCUCCUCUCCUCUCCUCUCCUCUCCUCUCCUCUCCUCUCCUCUCCUCUCCUCUCCUCUCCUCUCCUCUCCUCUCCUCUCCUCUCCUCUCCUCUCCCCAGGCAUGCAGUGAGUUCACCAACCAUGUGAUGAACCUGCUGAGGGAGCAGAGUCGUACGCGGCCCAUCUCUCCCAAGGAGAUCGAGCGCAUGGUGGGGAUCAUCCACCGCAAGUUCAGCUCCAUCCAGAUGCAGCUUAAACAGAGCACCUGUGAAGCCGUCAUGAUCCUACGUUCCAGAUUCCUGGACGCCAGGUGAGAGAGAGAGACAGUGUGUGUCUUAGUCUCUGUGUCUCUCGGUCUGCAUGUACCUAUUAUCACACCUCUCUCUCUCUCUCUCUGUCUCUCUCUCCCCUCUCUCUGUCUCUCUCUCUCUCUCUCUGUCUGUCUCUCUCUCUCUCUCUCUCUCUCUCUCUCUCUCUCUCUGUCUGUCUGUCUGUCUCUCUCUCUCUAUGUCUGUCUGUCUGUCUCUCUCUCUUUCUGUCUCUCUCUAUGUCUCUCUCUCUCUCUCUCUCUCUCUCCCCCCCCCCCCGGUCAGACGGAAGAGACGUAACUUCAACAAGCAGGCUACUGAGGUGCUGAAUGAGUACUUCUACUCCCACCUGUCUAACCCCUACCCCAGUGAGGAGGCCAAGGAGGAACUGGCCAAGAAGUGUGCCAUCACCGUCUCUCAGGUCAGAGGUCAAAUAGGGGUCACACAGGGGUCAAACUAGAGUCACAAGUGUUACGGGCGGGAUCUGAACCCUGGUCUCCCAUGGGAGAAACCAACGUCUUGACCGUUAGACCAAGAGGAAAUUCCCCCUUGGACCGAGGGUGACAAUGAUUUUUAGGCAUACUGUAUCAGGUAUAGGUUGUUAUCUGAGUUUCCCCAUAGGGUGAGAAGAAUAGAAUGUGAUACAUUUGUCAUUUAGAAAGGUUCCUGUCCAGAAACAUGCCCUAGCACCUGCAUGCAUUUGUUAGACUAGUUAUCACUUGAUUCAGAUUAAUAGAUUAUUUUCAUUUUUCCUCGUACUGAGCAACAUACUGAGUCUUCUCUCUCCUCUUCUCUGAGCACCCUUGAGGAAGAAAGAGAGAGCGAGAGAGAAAGGGGAAGAGAGAGAGCAAGAGUGAUACAGAGCUAGAGAGAGCAGACCCAUCACAAUAAAGAUGCGAGAAGGUCUAAAUUUGAACAGAGUAGGAAAGAGAACAUAGGGAAGUCUCAGAACAGCAACCUGCCUUAAUCAGCUCUCCGCCACUCUCCUCACAGGCCUCCGCCUCUCCCCUCCUCCUCUCAGGUGUCUAAACUGUUGGUAACAAAGGGUCAGGUACAGAAGAACAUAGGGAGUUCCAGGAGGAAGCAACUGUACGCUGGAAACAGCUGUAGCAGCAGCCCCACACACCAGCAAUCCCCGCCACGCCUAACUCAGGUACACACACUCGGACAUCACACACACUCGGUCAUCACACACGUUUGGACAUCUCAGACACUCACACAUCACACACAGUCGUAGAUCACGAGCACGCUCGCACACACACACACACACACAGACACACACCACACACACACACACACACACACAACAGCACCUCCAAGACCAGCCACAUCUUCUUCACACAACUACUUCUCCCAUAGUCUCCCUUCUAACAAAGUCUAAGCCCGCCUCUUAAUACCUGCCCCCACCAAUCACCUACUCCCUGCCACAAAAGCCUCUCUCCUGAUUGGCUGGUUAUGACAUUCCGCAGGCUCGCCAGGGUCAUACAGUCGGCCCAACACAGGCCACGCCCACCCCGGUGUACACCCGACCAAUGGGGAGGGGUUAUUUGUCAGCCCUCCUCUGCAGCCUCAGGUAGGCCUGCAGUAAGAGCCCCCCCCCCCCCCUCCAUCCACCUCCCCAAAAUGGUUCCCCUGUUAUAGCUGCUAGUUCCACUCUCCUGCCCCCCUCAAUCCCCCCUAAACUGCCACCUGUGAUCUCUGUUCUCCUUAGUAUCACCUACCAACCCCCCAGCCCCUAUAGAGCCCCUCUUACCACUGUUCAGUUGUAACUUUUACCCCCCUAUUGUAACUUUGUGUUCCUCUCAUGGAACCCUCUAACCCCCCACCUCCCCCUCAGCCUUCCCCCACUCUCCCCCUCAGCCUCCCCAGACUAACCCACCUCCCCUCAGCCUCCCCAGACUCUAACCCCCCACCUCCCCUCAGCCUCCCCAGACUCUAACCCCCCACCCCCCUCAGCCUCCCCAGACCUAACCCCCCACCUCCCCCUCAGCCUCCCCAGACUCUAACCCCCCCACCUCCCCACUCAGCACCCCCAGACUCUACUAACCCCCCCACCUCCCCCUCAGCCUCCCCAGACUCUAACCCCCCACCUCCCCCUCAGCCUCCCCAGACUCUAACCCCCCACCUCCCCCUCAGCCUCCCCAGACUCUAACCCCCCACCUCCCCCUCAGCCUCCCCAGACUCUAACCCCCACCUCCCCUCAGCCUCCCCACCUCUCAGACUCAACCCCACCUCCCCCUCAGCCUCCCCAGACAUCACCCUCAGCCUCCCAACUCUACCCCCUCAGCCUCCCCAGACUAACCCCACCUCCCCCUCAGCCUCCCCAGACAGACCCUGGUAACCCCAGUGUGGUGGAUCAGUCCAGACCCCUAGCUGGAUACCCCUUCAGUCCUCACUCUACCCAGCCUGAACUAAGGCGACUGUCUGUACACAUGCAGCCCAACUCGGAUCUUUUUCCAGAUGAGUCUGCAUGUGUAAAUCCAGCCUUAAUGCUGUAUGUGAAACAGACCUCGUCUCACCCAGUGCCCCUUCAUCUCCUGUGAUACCCUAGCCCCCUGUCUCUCUGGGGUGUCAGCUUAGAGCAGGGCUCUCCAACCCUGUUCCUGGAGAACUACCCUCCUGUAGGUUUUCACUCCAACCCUGUUCCUGGAGAGCUACCCUCCUGUAGAUUUUCACUCCAACCCUGUUCCUGGAGAGCUACCCUCCUGUAGGUUUUCACUCCGACCCUGUUCCUGGAGAGCUACCCUCCUGUAGGUUUUCACUCCAACCCUGUUCCUGGAGAGCUACCCUCCUGUAGGUUUUCACUCCAACCCUGUUCCUGGAGAGCUACCACCUCCUGUAGAUUUCACUCCAACCCUGUUCCUGGAGAGCUACCCUCCUUUAGGUUUCACUCCAACCCUGUUUCUGGAGAGCUACCCUCCUGUAGGUUUCACUCCAACCCUGUUCUGAGGAGCUACCACUCCUGUAGGUUUUCACUCCAACCCUGUUCCUGGAGAGCUACCUCCUGUAGGUUUUCACUCCAACCCUGUUCCUGGAGAGCUACCCUCCUGUAGGUUUUCACUCUAACCCUGUUCCUGGAGAGCGACCCUCCUGUAGGUUUUCACUCCAACCCCAGUUGUAACUAAACUGAUUGAUCUUAUCAACAGCUAAUUAUUAGAAUCCGGUGUGCUAGAUUAGGGUUGGAGUGAAACCCCUAUAGGACAGAAGCUCUCCAGGAACAGGGGUUGGAGUGAAACCCCUAUAGGACAGUAGCUCUCCAGGAACAUGGGUUGGAGUGAAACCCCUAUAGGACAGUAGCUCUCCAGGAACAUGGGUUGGAGUGAAACCCCUAUAGGACAGAAGCUCUCCAGGAACAUGGGUUGGAGUGAAACCCCUAUAGGACAGUAGCUCUCCAGGAACAGGGGUUGGAGUGAAACCCCUAUAGGACAGUAGCUCUCCAGGAACAUGGGUUGGAGUUAAUCUACAGGAGGGUAGUUCUGUGUGUAUAUGCAGAGUGUGUGUAUGCAGUAUUAGUGUGUGUGUGUGUGUGUGUGUGUGUUAGUGUAUUAGUGUUAGUUUGGGUAUGCAGUGUCAGUGUGUUAGUUAGUGUGCUUGUAACAGUGUGCAACAGUGUGUGUACCAGUGUGUAUAAAUAUACUAUUAGUGUGUGUACCAGUGUGUGUAUAAAUGUAGUAUUAGUGUGUGUACCAGUGUGUAUAAAUGUAGUAUUAGUGUGUGUACCAGUGUGUACUAGUGUGUGUAUAAAUGUAGUAUUUGUUACCAGUGUGUAAAAGCGCCCCCUGCUGGUCUGUUCCUCCAGGUGGAUAUCCAGCACCGUGCUACACUCCUGACGGGAUGUUAUGAGGAGCUGCCUGGAGGAACUCUGUUUCCUCCCCACUGUCUCCAUGGAGUUAUCUAUGGUACCAGUUUACUGUUUCCUCCCCAUGUAUCCAUUGAGUUCUAUGGGUACCAGUUUUUCCUCACCCACGUCUCAUGUGAGUAUCUAUGGUACCACUCUGUUUCCCUCCACUGUCUCCAUGUGAGUAUCUAUGGUAACAGUCGUUUCCUCCAAUGUCUCCAUGGGAGUAUCUUAGGGUACCAGUGUUUCCUCACCACUGUCUCCAGGUGAGUAUCUAUGGUAACCCUCGUUUCCCUCACCUGUCUCCAUGGGGAAGUAUAUAUGGUACCCAGUCUGUUUACUCCCCACUGUCUUCCAUGGAGUAUCAUGGUACCAGUCUGUUUCCGCCCACUGGUCUCCAUGUGAGUAUUAUGGUACCAGUCUGUUUCCCUCCACGUGUCUCCAUGUGAGUAUCUAUGGUACCAGUAUGUUUCCCUCACUGUCUCAUUGUGCGUAUUCUAUGGUAACCACUCAUGUUUCCUCCACUGUCUCAAUGUGAGAUCUAUGGUAUCAAGUAUGUUACUCCACUGUCUCCAUGUGAUAUUCUAUGGUACCAUUCUGUUUCAUCCCCACUGUCUCCAUGUGCAGAUCUAUGGGGGUAACAGUAUGUUUCCCUCCCACUGUAUCAAUGUGAGCAUCUAUGGUACCACUUGUUUACCUCCACGUCUCAAUGUGAGUCAUUAUUGGUACCACGUAGGGUUUCCCUCCACUGUCUCCAUGUGAGUAUCUAUGGUUCAGUCUGAUUUCCCCCACUGUCUCCAGGUGAUAUUCUAUGGUACCAAGUCUGUUUCCCUCCACUGUCUCCAUGUGAGUAUCUAUGGUACAGUAUGUUUCACUACCUGUCCCAUGUGAGUAUAUAUGGUACCAGUUCUGUUUCCAUCCACUGUAUCCAUGUGAUAUCUAUUGGUUACCAGUCGUUUCCCCACACUGUCUCCAUGUGAGUAUCUAUUGGUACCAGGCUGUUUUCCCUACAAUGUCUCCAUGUGAGUACUAGUGGUACCAGUCUGUUUUCCCUCCACUGUCUCAUGUGAGUAUCGAUGGUAACAGUCUUGUUUCCUCCCCACGGUCUCAUGUGGUAUUCAUGGGUACCAGUCUGUUUCCUCCACUGCCUCAAUGUGAGGAUAUAUGGUUACCAGUCUGUUACUCCACUGUCUCAUGUGAGUAUCUAUGGUUCCAGUCGUUUUCCCUCCAGGUCAGUUUUUUAAAAUGGGAUCUUGGAGGGGGAGACCAACUAAGGUGAAAAAACCUUUCAAUUGAUGGUCUGUCUUUAUCCAAUAUCUAUGUCCAUAAGGGGGAGAUGACUAUCGAGCGCUCAGCGCUCUAUCAGAGAGCUCGAUAGAGAUGAGCGCGAAAGAGGUCAAGCGCGCUCUCGCGCUCGGCGAGGGUCGCGCGAACGGCUUCGAGCUCUCUCUCUCUCCAUCUGCUCUUGCUCUUUAUCUUCGUCACUCUUUCACUCUACUCUCUCACUCUUUCUUUCUCUCUCUCUCUUUCUCUCCCUCUUUCUUUCUCUGUACUCUCUCCUCUCUCCCUCCUCUCUUCCCUUUCUCUCUCUCCAGGUUGAUAGUGGAUGGCAGGACAGCACUGACCACCCCUCUCUCACCCCCCCUCACGGGACACCGGGCAGUGUGCACUCGGACACCUCAAACUGAGACACCAACUCACCCCAAACACCCCCCCCCCCCCCCCCCUUCCAAACACCCCUCUACCCUUCAAAUUCCCCUUCCUCCACCCUCACACAGCCUCCCCUCUACCCACCCAAUCCCUCAACUGUGUCUCAAACUAACCCAAGUCCUCCCCCCCCACACACACACGUUCAGUCGUACCUCAAGCUGAGACAACUCCCCCUCCCUUACCUGUAGCUGAGCAUCACUCUCACCCUCCACUCCCGAUGUUCAUAACCCCCUAGCCCUUACCACCACCCACCUCCCCUCCCUCCCUCCCUCCCUCCCUCCACUCCCGAUGCACCAUAACCCCCUAGCCCUUACCUCCCUCCUCCUCUCCCUCCCUCCCUCCCUCCACUCCCGAUGCACCAUAACCCCCUAGCCCUUACCACCCCCCUCCUCCUCUCCCCUCCCUCCCUCCCUCCCUCCCUCCCUCCCUCCACUCCCGAUGCACCAUAACCCCCUAGCCCUUACCACCCUCCUCCUCCUCUCCCUCCCUCCACACGUUGUCUGACAUCACUCUUUUUCUUUCUUUUUAUAACCACUUUCUUUUUCUCUCGUUUAAAAAAAGAGAAGAUAAUUUAGUCACAUAGUUUUUUUCUAAUACUGUUUCACAAAGAGGCACCAGCCGCGUGUGUUGGAGCCCGACGUGGACGCAUCAUGUUACUCAAAACGACUACGGAAAAAAAUAACAAUAAGAAAAAAAAAAUCAUAAUGUUACUCGUCUUCCAUGCAUGUAGUCCUUUUUAGGUGUUUAGCAAUGAUUGUAUUUUUUCUUUUAGUUUUUUGACUUUUUAAAAAAAACAGUUGCUACAGAGAAAAAUGUACACAACGAAAAGUUCUAAAUGGCAGAAAAUAACCAAAAAUGAAUAAAUACAUUGUAUGUCAAUUAUUAAGCUCUGUCUCCUGUCUCAUUUUAUUAUGGAGGGUUGGACGAUCAAUAAACAUUAAAUACAAAAGUAUGUGGACACCCCUUCAAAUGAGUGGAUUCGGCUAUUUCAGCCACAGCCGUUGCUGACAGGUGUAUAAAAUCGAACACACAGCCAUGCAUUCUCCAUAGACAAACAUUUGCAGUAGAAUGGCCUUACUGAAGAGCUCAAUGACUUUCAACGUGGCACCGUCAUAGGAUGCCACCUUUCCAAAAAUUUCAGUUAGUCAAAUUUCUGCCCUGCUAGAGCUGCCCCGUUCAACUGUAAGUGCUGUUAUUGUCAAGUGGAAACGUCUAGGAGCAACAACGACUCAUCCGCAAAGUGGUAGGCCACACAAUCUCACAGAACGGGACUGCCGAGUGUUGAAGCGCGUAAAAAUCGUCUGUCCUCGGUUGCAACACUCACUACCAAGUUCCAAACUGCCUCUAGAAGCAACAUCAGCACAAAAACUGUUUGUCGGGAGCUUUGUGAAAUGGGUUUCCAUGGCUGAGCAGCCACACACAAGCCUAAGAUCACCAUGCGCAAUGCGUCAGCUGGAGUGGUGUAAAGCUUGCCGUCAUUGGACUCUGGAGCAGUGGAAACGCAUUCUCUGGAGUGAUUUAUCACGCUUCCCCAUCUGGCAGUCCAGAUGCCAGAAGAACGCUACCUGCCCCAAUGCAUAGUGCCAACUGUAAAGUUUGGAGGAGGAAUAAUGGUCUGGGGCUGUUUUUCAUGGUUCGGGCUAGGCCUCUUAGUUCCAGUGAAGGGAAAACGCUACAGCAUACAAUUACAUUCUAGACGAUUCUGUGCUUCCAACUUUGUGGCAACAGUUUGGGGAAGGCCCGUUCCUAUUUCAGCAUGACAAUACCCCCGUUCUCAAAGCGAGGCCCAUACAGAAAUGGUUUGUCCAGAUCGGUGUGGAAGAACUUGACUGGCCUGCACAGAGCCCUGACCUCAACCCCAUCGAACACCUUUGGGAUGAAUUGGAACGCCGACUGCAAGCCAGGCCUAAUGGCCCAACAUCAGUGCCCAGCCGAUCUCACUAAUGCUCUUGUGGCUGAAUGGAAGCAAGACCCUGCAGCAAUGUUCCAACAUCUAGUGGAAAGCCUUCCCAGAAGAGUGGAGGCUGUUAUAGCAGCAAAGGGGGACCAACUCCAUAUUAAUGCUCAUGAUUUUGGAAUGAGAUGUUCGACAAGCAUGGGUCCACAUAUUUUUGGUCUUGUAGUGUAAUUAAUUACUAACUACCAAUAUAUUAACAAUACAAACGCUAUCCUAUGCUGUAUGUCACAGUAGAAGACCACUCAAAUAUCAGUCGUUAAUCUUGUAAUCUGCAGACAUAAAUUCAUGGGUAUCAUUGACAAAUAGAUCAACAGUAUGAUACAUCAGAUCAAUGUUUUUAUGUAAGAAAAUAAUUAUAUUUACAUUUAAAAAAGCAUAGAAAUACCAUUAUAUAAACAUCUGCACUAUGUACAGAUAUAAAAAUGUUUGUGUCACAACAUUAAAACAGUCCCUGAUCUUGUAGUCAGCUGCCAGUGCACCAGAGUAGCACAGUCAAGUUGUUGAUAGAUUAUAUUCUCAGUGAUGUCACCUUGCCUGAGACCUGACAAAGAUUAUUAAACAUUCACAAUGUUCCUGAUAUUUCUUCAAUGUACAGAUAUAUAAAAAUAUUCCUCCUUUAUAUUGGGAGACUAUAAAGAAUAUAGAGUCCCUGAUCUUGUAGUCUGCAGCCAGUGUACCAAAGUAACACAGGUAGGUUGUCUGGUAGACAGUAGCCUCACAGUGAUGUCACCUUGCCUGAGACCUGGGGCUUGUAUAGUAAACUACAGACUGAUGGGAGUGCUGGUGAGAAUGGGGUCCAAUCACGUUACACACCAACCACCUCUGGUCAGGAUGGCUCCUCCUCAAAGUACUGCUCUAUGUCUCUGAACAGGUAUAUCCCCUGUUGUUGUAUCCAUGGCUACCGCUCAGUCUGUCUGUCUCUCUCAGGUCAUUUAUUAGUAGUAUAGUGAUAUAUCUCUUGAUGUUGUUGUAUCCAUGGCUACCUCUCAGUCUGUCUGUCUCUCUCAGGUCAUUUAUUAGUAGUAUAGUGAUAUAUCUCUUAAUGUUGUUGUAUCCAUGGCUACCUCUCAGUCUGUCUGUCUCUCUCAGGUCAUUUAUUAGUAGUAUAGUGAUAUAUCUCUUGAUGUUGUUGUAUCCAUGGCUACCGCUCAGUCUGUCUGUCUCUCUCAGGUCAUGUAUUAGUAGUAUAGUGAUAUAUCUCUUGAUGUUGUUGUAUCCAUGGCUACCUCUCAGUCUGUCUGUCUCUCUCAGGUCAUUUAUUAGUAGUAUAGUGAUAUAUCUCUUGAUGUUGUUGUAUCCAUGGCUACCGCUCAGUCUGUCUGUCUCUCUCAGGUCAUGUAUUAGUAGUAUAGUGAUAUACAGUCAUGGCCAAAAUUGUUGGCACCCCUGAAAUUUUUCCAGAAAAUGAAGUAUUUCUCACAGAAAAGUAUUGAAAUUACACAUGUUUUGCUAUGCACAUGUUUAUUUCCUUUGUGUGUAUUGGAAUAACACAAAAAAAAACAGGAAAAAAGCAAAUUUGACAUAAUUUCACACAAAACUAAAAAAAUGGGCCGGACAAAGUUAUUGGCACCCUUUCAAAAUUGUGGAUAAAUAAGUUUGUUCCAAGCAUGUGAUGCUCCUUUAAACUCACCUGGGGCAAGUAACAGGUGUGGGCAAUCUAAAAAUCACACCUGAAAGCAGAUAAAAAGGAGAGAAGUUGACUCAGUCUUUGCAUUGUGUUUCUGUGUGUGCCACACUAAGCAUGGAGAACAGAAAGAGGAAAAGAGAACUGUCUGAGGACUUGAGAACCAAAAUUGUGGAAAAAUAUCAACAAUCUCAAGGUUACAAGUCCAUCUCCAGAGAUCUAGAUGUUCCUUUGUCCACAGUGCGCAACAUGAUCAAGAAGUUUGCAACCCAUGGCACUGUAGCUAAUCUCCCUGGACGUGGACGGAAGAGAAAAAUUGAUGAAAGGUUGCAACGCAGGAUAGUCCGGAUGGUGGAUAAGCAGCCCCAAACAAGUUCCAAAGAAAUUCAAGCUGUCCUGCAGGCUCAGGGUGCAUCAGUGUCAGUGCGAACUAUACGUCGAAAUUUGAAUGAAAUGAAACGCUAUGGCAGGAGACCCAGGAGGACCCCACUGCUGACACAGAGACAUAAAAAAGCAAGACUACAGUUUGCCAAAAUGUACAUGAGUAAGCCAAAUUCCUUCUGGGAGAACGUCUUAUGGACAGAUGAGACCAAGAUAGAGCUUUUUGGUAAAGCACAUCGUUCUACUGUUUACCGAAAAUGUAAUGAAGCCUUCAAAGAAAAGAACACAGUACCUACAGUCAAAUAUGGUGGAGGUUCAAAGAUGUUUUGGGGUUGUUUUGCUGCCUCUGGCACUGGGUGCCUUGACUGUGUGCAAGGCAUCAUGAAAUCUGAGGAUUACCAAAGGAUUUUGGGUCGCAAUGUAGGGCCCAGUGUCAGAAAGCUGGGUUUGCGUCCGAGAUCAUGGGUCUUCCAGCAGGACAAUGACCCCAAACAUACUUCAGCACCCAGAAAUGGAUGGCAACAAAGCGCUGGAGAGUUCUGAAGUGGCCAGCAAUGAGUCCAGAUCUUAAUCCCAUUGAACACCUGUGGAGAGAUCUUAAAAUUGCUGUUGGGAAAAGGCACCCAUCCAAUAUGAGAGACCUGGAGCAGUUUGCAAAAGAAGAGUGGUCCAAAAUUCCGGGUGAGAGGUGUAAGAAGCUUAUUGAUGGUUAUAGGAAGCGACUGAUUUCAGUUAUUUUUUCCAAAGGGUGUGCAACUAAAUAUUAAGUUAAGGGUGCCAAUCAUUUUGUCCGGCCCAUUUUUUGAGUUUUGUGUGAAAUUAUGUCAAAUUUGCUUUUUUCCUGUUUUUUUUGUGUUAUUCCAAUACACACAAAGGAAAUAAACAUGUGCAUAGCAAAACAUGUGUAAUUUCAAUACUUUUCUGUGAGAAAUACUUCAUUUUCUGGAAAAAUUUCAGGGGUGCCAACAAUUUUGGCCAUGACUGUAUCUCUUGAUGUUGUUGUAUCCAUGGCUACCUCUCAGUCAGUCUGUCUCUCUCAGGUCAUGUAUUAGUAGUAUAGUGAUAUAUCUGCUGAUGUUGUUGUAUCCAUGGCUACCUCUCAGUCUGUCUGUCUCUCUCAGGUCAUGUAUUAGUAGUAUAGUGAUAUAUCUCUUGAUGUUGUUGUAUCCAUGGCUACCUCUCAGUCAGUCUGUCUCUCUCAGGUAAUGUAUUAGUAGUAUAGUGAUAUAUCUGCUGAUGUUGUUGUAUCCAUGGCUACCUCUCAGUCUGUCUGUCUCUCUCAGGUCAUUUAUUAGUAGUAUAGUGAUAUAUCUCUUGAUGUUGUUGUAUCCAUUGCUACCUCUCAGGCUUUCUUCUUCUCCAGGUCUUUGACCAGGAAGUGAUCUGCUUCUCUCAGGACCUGGUAGAACUCCUCCUGGGCUUCAUCCCCCUUCCUCACCACCAUGUCCAGCAGGGCUUGGUUCUGUUGGGUCUUGGUGGAUUUGCUGACCACCUCCUCCCUCUCCUCAUCAAUCAGAACACCACGAUCCUGGAGACGCAGGAAUAA